GAAGCGGGGCUUGGCGCAGGGCGUCCUGGGAAACGUAGUCCAGGAGUUCCGAAAAGGACCCAAGAGUGGAGGGAAGGAGAAUUUUUUGAGAUUACUCAUUUGACAGAGAAAUAUAUGUCACAGUAACCUGUGUUUGUGGCAUCUGAACUUUCACUCUCGAGUUAGGUUAAGUAUAGCAUCUUUCCAUAUAGUACAUCGAGCAUCUGGUUGGCAUCUUAAAUUACAAAAGGCAGAAACAGUUCUUAGUCUUCCUUUCUCGAAUUCUCUCUUUUACCAUACUGACUCAUUGCCCCCAAUUUUUUGCUGACCAUGUUAUAAAAACAUUAGAAUAAUCUUUGACUCCUCUUCUUUACCUAAUACUUACGGUCUCUGGCCAAUUAUUGCUGCUACUUCCUUUACAACUCAGGAGCCUGUUUGUCUAUAGCCCCGGCAAAUCUCUUUUCCUUUUCCCCAGACCAUUGUAACCUGGGUUUUUUUGCUCAAACUGCCCUUUCAGCCUUCAGAGUUGCUUGAAGUUUCAUCCUGCCGCAGCCCUGUAAGUCAAGUUAGGAGGGCCCUUCAGAAUGUAGAGCGGGGUUCCAACCUCCCUUAACUGCCAGCUUCCAGCCCCACGGUAGUGCAGAGUAGUGAAAAAGAAGUGUGCUGUCAUCAUUAAAUGCCCCCUCUCUUAUUGAUCCAUCCCUUUAUUUCUUACUGCCAGCUUUUCUGGCUCCCCUCUCUCCUGCCCCAAGAACUGGAAGGAGGUGACAGAUGGGAAGCAGGCCUGUGCUGGUGGGAACAAGGACCAGAACACAAGGGUUUGGGAUCUCCUGCUUAUUCAGCUAGUUCUCUCCCUGCUGCCUCUCUUCCCAGAGCCUGAGGAGUCUUCCAAACUUUCUGCACCACAAGGGGCAGUUCUGCCCGACCAGAUCCAUUUCUAGACCAGAAGAAGAAGAAGAAGGAGGAAGAGGAGGAGGAGGAGGAGAUACAGUAAGGGCUUGGAAAGUAGCAGGAUUUUUUUUUAAACUUUAAAUGGGUGAAUAUGUAAAUAUCAUGCUCUUUGGCCCUGCUUCUGUGGAUCCAGAGCAAAAGCUUGCCAUAGCCACCGAAAAAGCGCAAAUCCACCCAGCCGCUGCUGUCCAGCCCUGCUCCUCCCCACGCUCCGCAAGGGCACUUGCUCUUCCCUAUUCUCACCAGAGAGGCACAAGCGCACCGUCCCUUCCAGCGGCAGGCGGAGGAAAGAGAAAGGGUCUGUUGUUUUUCUCUCGUUGUUUCUCCCUCCCUCACUGCCGAUCACCAAGCUGCUGACCAGGUCAGAAAGCCCUGAUGGAAAUUCUCCAGGGCUGGGCGGGCCCCUGCUCCUCCAGGGAGCUUGUCCUUGACUAAUUUUUCUUUGUCCCGAUGGGAAAAAGAGAGAGAGAGACAUAAAAAAGAAAAACCACAAACUUCCUUUGAAAAUCAGCUUGUAGUCGGGGCCUGGAGCGUAUGCCCUAGACUCUGCAACUCAGGAAUCCCGAAGACGCUCUGAGCAAUCUGGGAGUACCUGGGCUGCCCUUCUGCCUGCCCGCACCCUCCUCUGGUGACCCCAGUCGUGGGCGUGAGUCCGGAAGUGGCCACCACCAAGCCUGGACAGCCGCUCAUAAACCUGUGUAGACCUGGAUAAGCUCUGGCCUUGACAGCUUGGAAGGCAGCUGGGACUGUGGAAAUUCCCCUCCUUGGGGCCACCUUCCUCAUCGAAUUGCCACUACUGAACCCUCUUGCUCUAUCCAGGAACAGCACCCACUUCUUUAAGGGAAGCUGACUCCAUCCAAUGACUUCAGUCCCACCAGAAUCCUCCCUCCCAACCUGAAAGCCCUGUACCCUCGUCAGUCCCAUGUGGCCACAGCCUGUGAGAGCCCAAUGACUUCCUUCUUAGUGGAUCAGUCUCUUUUUUCCAUACCAAGCCUACAUUAGGCAACUCCCCGAGGGCAGGAAAGUCCUUUGGUGCCCCUCAAUUGACCUCUUCUGACCAUGGAACACCAUCAAGCUGAGCUUCCAGACUCUGGUGAGGCCAAGAUUCCAGAAGCAGUCAGCUCUGAGAACCAGGAGGUCCUCUCACAACCAGAGGAGCGGCCCCAAGACAAGGAUGCUGGAGAUGCUGAUGGGACAGCUGAAGAACAGGAGCCUGUAGGCCAAGCUUCACUGCUGGCCCAGGGCCAGGAUAACCUUGAGUUCCCUCCACCUGAUAUGAGUUCAAGCCAACUGGAGCUGGCCCCUGGGAUACAGCCCGAGGUAGAAACAGUGGGGGCCUGCUCCAGGCCCCAGGAGCUCCCCCUACCCCUCAGGGCCCGACAGCCUGAGCUGGAUUUCUACUGUGUAAAGUGGAUCCCCUGGAAGGGGGAACGGACACCUAUCAUCAUGCAGAGCACUAACGGCCCUUGCCCUCUUCUUGCCAUCAUGAACAUCCUCUUUCUUCAGUGGAAGGUGAAGCUGCCCCCUCAGAAGGAAGUGAUCACGUCAGAUGAGCUCAUGGCCCAUCUUGGAGACUGCCUCCUGUCCAUCAAGCCCCAGGAGAAGUCAGAGGGACUUCAGCUUAAUUUUCAGCAGAACGUGGACGAUGCAAUGACAGUGUUGCCUAAACUGGCCACGGGUCUGGAUGUCAACGUACGAUUCACAGGGGUCUCUGACUUUGAGUACACUCCUGAGUGCAGCAUCUUUGACCUCCUGGGCAUACCUCUGUACCAUGGCUGGCUUGUUGACCCACAGAGUCCUGAGGCUGUGAGCGCAGUUGGGAAACUGAGUUACAACCAGCUGGUGGAGAAGAUCAUUACCUGCAAGCACUCUAGAGACACCAACCUUGUGACAGAAGGCCUGAUUGCGGAGCAGUUCCUGGAGACCACUGCAGCACAGCUGACCUACCACGGACUGUGUGAGCUAACAGCAGCUGCCAAGGAGGGUGAACUUGGUGUCUUUUUCCGAAACAACCACUUCAGCACCAUGACUAAGCACAAGAGUCACUUGUACCUACUGGUCACUGACCAGGGCUUUCUGCAGGAGGAGCAGGUGGUGUGGGAGAGCCUGCACACCGUCGACGGAGACAGCUGCUUCUGCGACUCUGACUUCCACCUGAAUCACUACCUCGGCAGGGGGCCUGGAGCAGGGGGUGGCGGGGGCUCCCCUGAAAAGCAGCGCCAGGUAGACCAGGACUACCUGAUCGCCUUGUCCCUGCAGCAGCAGCCACAGGGCACGCUGGGUCUUAGCGACUUGGAGCUGGCCCAGCAGCUUCAGCAAGAGGAGUACCAGCAGCAAGCAGCCGUGCUGCCCACGCCGGUGCGGGCCUCACCACAGGGGAGAGGAGCCACAUCUGGUCGCCCAGUCGGGGAGCGUCGACAGAGGCCCAAACAAGAGUCAGACUGUGUCCUCCUAUAGCUUUGCCCAGGGGCUGCCCUGCCUCUUUCUCGGAGGCCAUGGCUGUGCUGCUUGCUUCCCCCAGCUCCACCCCUGAGAUAUGCAGGGUAACUUAUUUAUGGACUGUGGGGGAUCCAAGUAGGUGGUCAAUGCCAAGGUCAGAUUUGGUGACAUCUUGCCCUCCUAUGCUGCUGCCUUCUCUGCCUCCCAGUCAUCCAGGGCAACGCUGGGGUUGGUGGGGUGAGGAUUUCUGGUUGCCAGCUCACCUUUCCUAGAACAGUCACACCCACAGACGGACUCAGGCUCCAGGGCGAGGUCCUUGUCUAGAAUGCACCUCCCCUGGCCAGGCCCUCCUGCCGGUCCUGCUGGCCCGACUCCAGUUGUUUCAGGGUUUGGUUUGGGUUUCUAUCUCCAUUAUUUGUAAUGCUUUCCUAGGGGUUUGGAAAUAAAACUUCGUUCCUGA